ACAUUCGUCGUGCCAAAGUUUCUAGCGGUUUAGAGUUUUAAAGCGGUUUCCUUUGAAUUUUCUCACUCAUCGGCGCAAACACUCUUCUAUGAACUUCGGAUUGAUCUGAAACUAGUUCUAAUCAAGCUGUGAAUUUCUUGCUGUUUUCCUCACCGAUGGAAGAAGAAGCGGCGGUUUGGAAAUCGGCCGAGUCGAACUCGAUGGUAUCGGCGACACUGGGUCGAGUCAUGACCACUCUUCUUGCUGCUCGCCCCAAGAAGCUCCAGGACGCCAUUUCUCGGCUCGAUUCGGCUCCCAAACCAUCCUCCUCAUCAAUCGUUUCUGUGGAAGAGUCACUGAGAAUUAUAUAUACGCACGUUAAAGAUGCAGCUCAGAGGGAGGAGUCAUUGGACGAGAUACUCAUUCCCUUGACUGAACAUUCGCUAGCAAACAAAGAUUCAAAACGUGGUAGCCAAGGAAUGAUACUUCUGAAUUGGCUUUUUCGAGAUGAAAUUCUUUUUGAAGCUCUUGCAACCAAUCUUACUGGCAUCAUAAAGAGAAAGGACGACCGUUUUAUUUCUCUCGGCUGGUGUAUACUUGUACGUGGUCUUGUAGAGUAUGAGGUUACCAUGAAACAAUUUAUAAACAACGGAAUAAGACAGAAGUAUUGUUCAAUGCUGAAGCUUUUUUCUUCAUGUAUCACACAUCUUGUGUCUAUUGUUUGCAAUGGAAGCACAAUGCAGGGGGAGUUUGAAUUGCCAACUCGUCUUUCAGUUGCUGCUGCUGAUUGCAUGUUAUCCCUCACCCUACCACUGUCAAAAAAAGAUCUAGAUUCCGACGGUUCAGGUUUAAGUGACAACAAAGUGAAACCAACUAGUAAAUUACUUGAAGUCUCGAACAACAUGGAGAUGAAGAUGUUACUUUGGGAUCAUUUAGAUGAACUUAUUAUUCUUGUGGAGAGACUCCUUGCUUGGAACAGAAAAAGCCGGUCUUUACAUGCGAAAGGAUUGGAGAGAGUACUUAAGUGGUUGCAGGGAAUAAAAGGGCACUAUGUGCAUGUUAGCAAUGAGGCUGGCUCACAAGCGCUCAAGACUGUAGUUCUGCUUCUCUGUUCCUGUUGGAAGCAUUACGGAAUGUUGAUGCACUUGGAAGACUACAAGCUUUCUCAGCAUUAUAAAGAGCUGGUGGACCAAUACCUGUCUGGGAUUCAGUUUUAUGCAGAAUACACCAAAGAGCAUGCUGAGAAUAUAGACAAUGGGAUAGAGACUAUAAAGUUUUUCCUAAACUGUCUAUCCCUUUUGUUGGGGCAUUUUGAUGGCAAGCAAUUUGAGAAUGCAAUUUCUGAAUAUGGGUUGCAGAUAUCUCGUGUUCUUAUAAAGCAGCUUCACAGCCCAGAUGAGGAUGUGAUUGAUGGUGCUGUUUGCAUCUUAAAGGCAGUAAUCUUCAGGACCAAUUGUUCGUUGUCUCGAAACAUCCCCACUGACACUAGAGAGAUGGAUGCUCUACUACCAUUACUGCUACACCUUUUAGAUGAACGCGAUGGCACAAGCAGGGCUGUUGUUGCCCUUAUUGCUGAAUACUGCUCCGUAAGCACAGAUGAACGCUGCCUCCAGGAAGUUCUAAAGCGCCUUGCUUUUGGAGAGGUCUUACAGAGGAGGAAUGCUAUUGAUGUUAUUUCAGAAAUUUUUCACAUAUCACCCAAUCCCGUGAAUAUUUAUUGCAGACAAGAUGUGGCUAACCACUUAUUGGAGUGCCUUGGAGAUGAGGAUUUGGUAAUUCGAGAACAGGCAUCAAAUUUGAUCCAAAUGAUGGAACCUUCUCUGGUUUUGCCUGCAUUAGUUGGUCUUGUUUAUUCAUCAGAUGAAGCAGUACAAUCUUCUGCUAGAGAUACAUGUCUUUUUGUGCUCAAGUAUAAUAACAAAAAUUAUGAAGUUCUAUCCAUCCUGGUCGAUUGUCUUAGCAAGCUUUGCCAAAUUCCAGAUCUUCCAGAAGCUUCAGGAAAUAAGGUGAAAGGUGGUCGGAACUUGGAUGCUGAUAGAGUGCUCAAACUUAUUCCGCAGUGGUCAAAAAGUGUUGAAGACUGGAACUUGUUAAUUGAGCCAUUGAUUGACAAGAUGUUUUCCGAGCCAUCAAAUGUAAUUAUGGUCAGGUUGCUAAGUUAUAUAAGUGAACAAUUAGCCGAUACUGCAGACAUAGUCUUUCAGCGUCUUCUAUUUCAUAUAAAACAACAGAAUGGAUUGGACACUCAAAGCUAUGAAAUUGAUAAUACUGCAAAAUUGGAGCAUUCUCCGUUUAAUCGUCUUUGUCCAUUACUUAUCGUGAAGCUGCUUCCACUAAGAGUUUUCAAUGAUAUUAAUUCUCCACUUAAUUAUGGUGAAUUUCGCAACCAAGGUAAGGGAUAUCUCAACAUUAAGGAUGCAGAGUACGAGUGUGUUGCUGGAACCCUUCUAAAUAGGGCAUUCAACAAAUUUGAAUUUGAGGAUGUUCGGAAACUUGCUGCUGAGCUCUGUGGGCGGAUUCACCCCCUGGUGCUAUUUCCAGUUAUUGCCUCACAGUUGGAAAGAGCCACAAACGCUCAAGAUGUGCUGAAGAUAAAAGCUUGUUUGUUUUCACUUUGUACAUCUCUUGUGGUUAGGGGCAAGGAUUCAAUUUUACAUCCUGCUUUGCUCAAAAUUAGGAACACUAUAGAAACUGUGUUGCUGUGGCCUUCACUUGAUGGAGAUGAAGUUUCCAAGGCCCAACAUGGAUGCAUUGAUUGUCUAGCACUGAUUAUAUGUACUGAACUGCACACUCCGGAAUCAUUCAAGGACUUAACCGCAAAGAAAACAAGCCUUGUUGGAAUAAACAGUCUAAAGGAUGCUGCAAUGGGGAAUUCACUACUCAGUUAUGUGAUCCAUCAAUUAACAUGUGAAAAGCACGAGGUGGCUUCCUCUGCCAAAAUGCAAACUGAAGAUUGCAAACAUGACAAAUCAAAAUCUCAUUCAUUUCGUUUAUGCAUGGGUAAUGUCCUCAUCAGCGCUUGUCAAAAGAUCUCCGAUUCUGACAAGACACACUUUGCUCAGAAAAUACUUCCGCCUCUAAUUCAGUCUGUUGAGGUGAUAAUGGAAUCAGAUAUUAGAGCUGCGUGCGUCCAGGUUUUCUUUUCAGCUGUAUAUUAUCUCAAGUCUGCAGUUCUUCCUCACGCAUCUGAUCUUCUCACUGUCUCUCUGAAAUCUCUUAAAGAGGGAUCAGAAAAAGAAAAACUGGCUGGUGCCAAGCUAUUGGCAUCCCUGAUGGCGAGCGAAGAACCGGUUGUGGAGAGUAUCGCGACAGGAUUACUGGCGGCAAAAACAGUGCUUUCGAGCAUAUCCUCAUCAGAUCCUUCACCAGAAGUACGUCUUGUGUCCAAACAGUUGCUUACAUGCUUGACUUCUGUAUAGAUUAACCCAAAAGCAGAAACCUUCUUCAACUUCUGCACUUUUUGAUGUACUUUUCUGAAGUGUAUAUAGUGUUUCUCUGUUUUUUGCUGUAUAGAUAUGCAUCAAGUUGCUUACUUAAAGGUAGAUGUGAGUUGUGCUGAGUAUAAUGGGAAUCUGAAGUUGUUGAUUCCUUACUCUCUCUUCAAAUUUGCUUCUA